AAACUAAUAAUACCAACGCGGCUUGGAGGCACGCGGAGUCUUCGAAUGCCACAAUCUCUCGCGGGGUGAGGCAGCCGUCUCGGCUUUAUAUGGAACAAGCUACUCAGACAGCUCAGGAGAUGUAAACGAGAACGCGCAGCAAUUCACAAUUUCUAACUCGGCGACCAGCCGAUGCUGGGGAAAUCCAGGAGGCGCUGGGAGGGGCCUAGGUAGGCCCCACCAAGCCGAACCAGGCCCUGGGGAAUACCGCGCCGACGAGUAGGGCGCCCAGGCAGCACAGACGCAACGGAAUUCAACUGCAGCAGGGGAGGAAAAAGGGGAGAGGGAAGGGCGACGGCAGCGGCAGCAAGCGGCCUCACGCCUGGUGCAACCAGGCAUUGACGUAAAUGAACCACAGCAACGACGCGGACUCCAGAAUGAGAGCCGGGAGAAGGUCACUGGCAUCAAGCGAGUCAGUCACAGUCACCAGGCGAGGCCUGCUGUCAAACAGAAUUGUCUAACGGAGACCUGCUGUCAAACAAAUCUGUCUAACAGAAUGUUGGCCGUGUCCAACGGUUGCCCGAGUUUCCCUGGCUAUAUCUCAGACUCCCACCAGGCAAGCACAUGAAAAAUAACUGGGGCUCCCGUCGCUGACUUCGAGUCACAUCAUAGUGAGACACGGCAGGCCAAUCCACGAGAGGGCACAUGAGCUCUGAAUCAUAGCUUCCAUCGCCGACGGGGGGGGCGGCUCCGAUUGCGCGCUCGGCGCCCAGCUGGAUGAGGGCCGCCCCCAGCAGGUGCUUCAAACGCGUGCCCGAAGGCAAGCGUUGCCCUUCUGAUUCGCUGCUCAGCGUCGUCAUGCCGAUGUCCGCUAGAUGAAUGUGUAGCUUCUGCUUGUUCUGUUCGUAGCACUUGGUGAGUCGAAACAGCCUGAGCUGGCUCCAAAUAUUAUCCAUGCCGGCCCGCGAGUAGAAGGUUUGAUGCCACUUGUUGGCCUCUGCGUAGUUGAGCUGUCCGAUUGCGCCCCCACGCUCGAAGAGUGCGCUCGCGAACCCAUUGAAGAUAUGCAGGUGAGGGGGGCCCGGCUGGCGGCCGCGACCCCCUUGUUUGACAUGGGUCGAGUAAUGGGGGCCUGCUGCGAGCGCCUCCUCGAUCUCUGGCAGGCUGGGCCCCGCGAAGUACGUCUCCACGCCCACGGCCCAGAGAUCUCGAACUGCUCGGCUGCAAACCAACGUUUGUUUGGUAUGAACUGGCAGCAGCGCUUCCUGCUUUCGAUUGAAUCCUGCGUCCUUGAGAGCGCCGAGCCCCGUGUUCCGACCUUUGCAGCGCGACGGGGUUUGCCGCUGGAUCCCCUGCCUCCGUCUCCUUUGUUGGAGUCGGACUUGGCGGGCUUGGGGGGCUGAGAACCGUCUGCGACAGCUGGGGCGGAGCAGCAGUCUCUGGCAUCGCGGCGCGCGGAACACGGAGGUGGGCGUUCGUCUCGAAUGUGAGCCUGAAGCUGGUCAAGGUUGGGCCAGUAAGAU